AUCGCAUCAGCGUGAAAGAGGAAGUGAACAGACGGUCGUGACAGACGUCGCUGAACCGAGAGUCGCACGGAUAUAAAGUCACAUAACAUGGGACAGAUCGGGUUUGGAUCUUGCCUCUCUUUGAUCACAUCCCAGGCCCCUCUAAGUCAGAGAUGGGUCUUGUGACUUUAAAUCUAUGGCGGGCAUCCUGCCUAACAUCUUUAUGAGAUUUAGUAGGCAGCUUUAUUAAACACGCUGUGUUAAUUCACUUACAAUAUAUACAAACAUGGCAACAGUCCCACCUGGCAUUCGCUUCCUGGCGUCCUAUGAUAAGAACCAGUGGUACAGGGCCUUUACAUUUGCUCUCACUUUCCUGCUCUACACUAGCUUCCAUCUAUCCAGGAAGCCUAUCAGCAUUGUUAAGAGUGAACUGCAUAAGAAUUGCUCUCAUGUUACGGAGCUGUCGACAGAUAGCAGCAGUCAGCAGCCUGGACUUCACUUGGAUCUAGACUGCAGCUGGAAACCUUUCGAUAGAAGUAACUAUAAGCAGUUACUUGGGGCAAUGGAUUACUCUUUCCUGUGUGCUUACGCUAUAGGCAUGUAUCUCAGUGGAAUAAUUGGAGAGCGUUUGCCCAUUCGUCUGUACCUGACUGUGGGCAUGUUGACCAGUGGCUUUUUCACCUGUCUGUUUGGACUGGGAUAUGUCUAUGACAUCCAUAGCCUCGGGUUCUAUAUAUUUGUUCAGGUGGCUAAUGGUUUAGUUCAGACCACUGGUUGGCCUAGUGUCGUGACUUGCAUUGGUAAUUGGUUCGGCAAGGGCAGGAGAGGCCUCAUCAUGGGUCUGUGGAACUCUCACACAUCAGUGGGCAACAUUCUGGGCUCUUUGAUCGCUGGAUAUUACGUGUCCUCUAACUGGGGUCUGUCUUUCAUCGUCCCUGGCAUUAUCAUCGCUGCUAUGGGGGUCAUCUGCUUCUUCUUUCUAAUAGAGCACCCUAAUGAUCUGAAGACUGCCAGCGCCCAGAGCUCAGCUCCAAGUAAUCAGAAAAUGCAUAAAAACUGGAAUGGUUUGAACGGACAUAAAGACCUCUACUUGCAGUACAAGCAAGGAAAUAAAACACAGAGCUGGGAUACAGAGCUUCUCCUGGGGCAGGAGAGCAUUGGCGUGUGUGUACCUGUGCAGCAGGUGGUGGUGGUGAAGAGUGAGGCUGAACCGUCAGCCAUCAGCUUCAUGGGAGCGUUACGCAUUCCUGGAGUGGUUGAGUUCUCUCUUUGUCUGCUCUUUGCCAAGUUGGUCAGUUAUACCUUCCUUUUCUGGCUUCCCCUGUACAUCACUAAAGCAGCUCACCUAGAUGCCAAAGAAGCUGGAGACCUUUCAACACUGUUCGAUGUGGGAGGCAUUGUUGGAGGUGUCCUGGCUGGAGUGAUCUCUGAUAAGAUUGGAAAGAGGGCCACCACUUGUGCUGUGAUGCUUCUACUGGCUGCACCCACACUCUAUGGCUUCUCUGUGAUGAAGCAGUUUGGCUUGGGGCCCACUAUUGGUAUGCUGCUGGUAUGUGGUGGUUUAGUCAAUGGACCUUAUUCUCUUAUUACGACUGCUGUCUCUGCUGAUCUGGGAACACACAAGAGUCUAAAGGGCAAUGCCAGGGCUCUCUCUACAGUUACAGCUAUUAUAGAUGGCACUGGAUCAGUUGGUGCUGCUGUAGGACCUUUGCUGGCAGGGCUUUUGUCAGCACGAGGCUGGAAUCAAGUCUUUUACAUGCUCAUGACUGCAGACUUUUUGGCACUGCUGCUUUUGCUAAGACUUGUGAUGAAGGAGCUUCGCUCUCACAAGAACCGUCCAGGAGUUGCUGUUGAACUGAAGGAACAUUGAGUACUUUGCACUAACAGAGAGAGAAAAAGGGGGAGCACUGGAGCCAAUUAUUUAAGUUAAUCUUUUGCCAAUUCAGAUAUCUGACCACUUCCUACCCUGGACCACAACUUGAGGUUUGGACCAAAACUUGACUGAAACCUGUGUUUAGUCUACAAACUUCUGUUUUAAAAGACGUUAUUUCCUUUUUCAGCACAACAUCUUGCAAGCUCUAAUUGCAUUUGUCCUUUGAACAUUGUAGCCAAACAAAUGAACAUGAAUUGUAGAUCAAGCCUAAAUAUAUCUCCAGUUAAUGGCAAACUUGCACAACCAGAAGGUAGCCUCCUCUUUGCUUUUAUCAAGGGAAAUCUUAAAUAAAUACAGUGUAAUUUCUACUCCUAGACCUAGAACCCCUCCCAGGCAUAUAGUACCUUAUUCACGAAACACAAGCAAAUCCAUUCUUAUGUAAACGUUUGAAUUGAGUUGCAUGCAACAAAUAACGCAAGGAUGGUUAUACGAAUGAUUUAUGUACAUAGAAAAUCGUUCUGCUCGUGUUUCAUGAAUAAGGCCCAUAGAAUGUAUAUAGUUGGUUUAUUUGUUUUGUAUAUGUGCUAAAUCUAUGAUAAAUUACUAUAUUAUUCUGCCUUUCAAUGAACCAAAACCAAUCCUAUUUGUUGUACCUUAUAUUUGGACCAGUUCCUGUGUCUUAGAUAUGUCGUACAGUUUGGUGACAUUAAAUGUCCUUAUCCUGUAUUUGCAUGUAGGAGAUCCAUAAGGGGAUUCAGACAUGUAAUUGUUCACUUUAUUUUCUUAUUUAAUUCUAUAUUUAUUUAUUUUUGUAAUUGGAGUCUUUCUUUGCUGGCCUGUGACUUGAAUAAUGUGAAAGUUUUUUUGAAUCCUCAUAAAGGAAGGUUAGCAAUAGAUUUUUAUCUGAACAUUCAAGUACAUGGUUACUGAUUACUACAGUAUACCUUCAGCGCUCGGCUGAUACACUUAUUUUGUAUAUUCACAUUCAGAGUUUGUUUUAUGUUAAUAAAGGAGGAUACAGUAUUAGUUUACUUUUAAUAGUUUCACUCAUUCUCAGCUUGGUUGUUAGCCUCAAAACAUGUUCACAUCAAACUCAAUUUGUGUGAUAUUACAAAUCUGUGUGAAUAAACCAAAAGAGCCUCUUGACCAUAAUUUUAGGACUUGCACCUGCCUGCUACAUUCAUGAAUAUAUAAGGUGUAUAUUUGAAUGUUCAGAUUACUGUAGGACUUUGUUGCUCUGCAGUGCUAGAGAUACAGGACCUCUUGCAUAAUCAUAUGUUUAGCACGUGUGCAUUUAUCCAUAAAGGACACUGCACUCUAGAUAAUUGAAUGUAUCUGUAUAAUUUAUGGGUAGCACCUUGGUGUAAUGAGAAAAAAAUACAUUGUGCCUUUUUUCUAUUUACUUUCUUGUAUAUGGAUGUCUUUUAAGUGUUCAUUUUUAAUUUACUAUCAACUGCUUUACAAAAUAUCAUGUAACAAAUAGAGUUUUGGGAAUUAUCUGUAUAUUGUGUUGCUGUGUGUUUAAAGAGAACAUUCUAAAUAAAACAAACAAAUAGCAAUACAUCUUUUUUGUGUGAAUUAAAAAAUAUAGAUAAAAUAUGAUGCUCUAUGUACCACUAGAAGUAGUGAAAAUAAGAGUAAAAUGUUGG